AUGGCUGGCUCUAAGGAUGAUAUACGGGACAGGCCAGUCGAUGUGGGCACUCACGUGCAAGCGUUAGAACCGGUUGCUGAACUACCUCAAUCACCAGCCCCGUCGGCCAAGUCAACACCGCAUACAACACCUAAGACAAGCAUGAAAUUCAAAAAAGAUGGCAAAGAGGCAAAACCGUUCGACUUCGGCAAAAGUAAAUUUAGCUCGAAACACGAAGUCGUCAAACGUGGAAAGGAUGUUGAGGCGGUCAUUAUUGUACCGGUCGGGUAA